CCAACCACUCCACUCACCCAGAGGAGCAGCUACACAGCGCACUGAAAAAACCAACAGGCAAAAAUCAACAGAGGGGAGGGAGUCUAGGAGGCGGAGGGGAAGGAGGAGGUGAAAACGCCCUGGAAAUUUUGAUAGAGAAAUAGGAAAGCUUGAGAAAAGCAAAGCAGACUGCACAGUUGACCAGUCUUUUAGACAGCGCUGAUCUUGGGUCGGGUGGAAGGGAAGAGGUUUUCAAGGAUGCUCAAGCAGAAGUAAGGCUUGGAGGCGCCCCUGCUGCGCACAGAAGUCAAGAACCAAAGACAAACUUUCAGAGUGAGGGCCUUGGCACUGCUUGAGCAAUCCAAGGAAAACCAAGGCUGACUUUCAAGCACACCUGAAGUACAAAAAAAGACAAGAAAAGAUGGCAGAAGAAGAAGAAACCAGAGAGGUGUUGUUUCCUGACUGGGAAGGUCCAGAUAAAACUGGCCUGACCCUUGAACAAACAACGGAAGGUGAGCUUUUUGUCAAGGAAGUCAAAGGAGAGUCACCUGCAGGACGAUCAGGAAAAGUUUACGAAGGUGAUCAUGUUGUUGGUGCCACUAUCUAUUUUGAGAAUAUGACCUCAGACGAGACAGCAGACUUACUGAAAACACUGAGCCGACAUAAAGUUGGCCUGAAAUUACAAAACAAGGACAAAUCCCCUCUUUGCUCACCACUGAGUACACCAUGUCGUUCGCCAAUGGGGACUUUAACAUGGGAGGGGAGUCCCCGGUUUGGAGCUACCAGUCCUGACAUUCUGCUUAGUGGCGAUGACGAAGACUAUAAGAGAAUAUAUACCAAGAAAAUUAAACCCAGACUGAAGUCUGAAGAUUUAGCUGAAGGAGUGGAUGUACGGACUGAGAGGCAUAGCAGCACAAGCAGCGAUGGAAGCACAAUUACAACCAUCACCCGUCGCAUUACUACGUACACUGUGGAUUUUCCUCAUGGUAUAAGUGAGCAACAUGAACUUUCAAGUCCUGAGAUCAAAGGGCUAAGACAGGAUUCAGAGAAUGUUUUCUCUCAAAUCACAACGUCACAUGACAGCCAUCCAGGUAAAGCAGAGGAGGGGGUUUCUGAGUUAAAGAUUUCUCACACAGGCCCACAAAUUAGUUUAGCCGAUACAAGAUGGGACACUGGAGGUAUUUAUUCCAAAAGUAUUCAAAGAGAGGGAGACAUAGAGGGAAGUAAAAACAUUGGUUUUGCAGUUCCUUCAUGUGAACUCAGAAUGCACAGUGAAAGUGGAAAGCAUGAGGAUGGGGACAUAGGCUUGCAGGACACAAAAAUGGCGCUGAAUGAUAGUACAAACACUGGUAGUAGGGUUGUCGCAAUAGAACGACUGAGAAGUGAAAAUGUAAUUUCAGCUGAUGAAAAUGGAGGGUCUGUUAGCAUGUCUGUACCAGGGACAAUGCAUAUAACUACAAAAGGAAAUAUCAAAACAAAACAUCUUAAAUCUGAAACCGGUACAGAUGAACGGACAAAUAUGAAUGUGACUGAUGUUCGCUUACCAGGUAAUGCAAUUGGCAUCUGUAGAAUUGAAUCAAAGGGGGAGGGGGAAAGAUCUAUACAUUUACCAUCAAUAGGCAUAAAAUCCUCAGUAGGUAAUGAGGAAACAAGCAAAAAACACAAAGUGGAUGGUGAUGUAGAUUUUUCAAGAAAAAAAGCAGAAGUAAAAACAUCAACUGUAAAAGUUCCCACAGUGAUUGUCAAAAGCCAAACAGUUAAAGGAACAGAUUUGGAUGCAGGUGUUGCAAAUGUGGAAGGUAUAGAUGCAAAUGGUGUAAAAAUGAAAAUGCCUUCAACUAAGGGGUCUAGCUUAACUAUGCCAAACAUAGAUAUAAACUUAACAGGCCAAAAAGUAAAAGGUGAGGUUGAAAUGUCACAUCCUGAUGUCAACAUAGAUAACACAAAAGGAGGAUUUAAAAUGCCAAAAGUCAAAAUGCACUCAUUUGGAGUUAACGCUGCAAAAGGGGAAGGUCCAACAGUUGAUAUAAAUCUUCCAAAGUCUGAAAUUGACUUGAAAGGACCAAAAGUUGAUGUUAAUCUUCCUGAUGUUGACAUUGAAGGACCUGACGGAAAACUUAAGGGGCCUAAAUUCAGUAUGCCAUCCAUUAAGGGUCCAAAAAUGACAGAUUUGGACUUAAAACUCAAAGGUCCAAAGUUGGAAGGAAAUGUUGAUAUUUCAGUUCCUAAAAUUGAAGGUAAAGUUAGUGCACUAGAGGCUGAUGUACCUGAUGUCAGCAUUGAUGGCACAAAAGGAGGAUUUAAAAUGCCAAAACCCAAAAUGCCCUCAUUUGACAUCAAACACAAACUGGAGGGUCCAGACGUUGAUUUAAGUCUUCCAAAAGCAGAAAUUGACUUGAAAGGACCAAAAGUUGAUGUUAAUCUUCCUGAUGUUGACAUUGAAGGACCUGAUGGAAAACUUAAGGGGCCUAAAUUCAGUAUGCCAUCUAUUAAAGGUCCAAAAAUGCCAGAUUUGGACUUAAACCUCAAAGGUCCCAAGUUAGAAGGAGAUGUUGAUAUUUCAGUUCCUAAAAUUGAAGGUAAAGUUAGUGCACCUGAGGUUGAUGUACCUGAUGUCAGCAUUGAUGGCACAAAAGGAGGAUUUAAAAUGCCAAAAGUCAAAAUGCCCUCAUUUGGCAUCAAAGGUCCAAAACUGGAGGCUCCAGAUAUUGAUAGCAGUCUUCCAAAAGCUGAAAUUGACUUGAAAGGACCAAAAGUUGAUGUUAAUCUUCCUGAUGUUGACAUUGAAGGACCUGAUGGAAAACUUAAGGGGCCUAAAUUUAGUAUGCCAUCCAUUAAGGGCCCGAAAAUGCCAGAUUUGGACUUAAACCUCAAAGGUCCCAAGUUGGAAGGAGAUGUUGAUAUUUCAGUUCCUAAAAUUGAAGGUAAAGUUAGUGGACCUGACGUUAAUGUACCUGAUGUCAGCAUUGAUGGCACAAAAGGAGGAUUUAAAAUGCCAAAAGUCAAAAUGCCCUCAUUUGACAUCAAAGGUCCAAAACUGGAGGGCCCAGAAGUUGAUUUAAGUGUUCCAAAAGCUGAAAUUGACUUGAAAGGACCAAAAGUUGAUGUUAAUCUUCCUGAUGUUGACAUUGAAGGACCUGAUGGAAAACUUAAGGGGCCUAAAUUCAGUAUGCCAUCAAUUAAGGGUCCGAAAAUGACAGAUUUGGACUUAAACCUCAAAGGUCCCAAGUUGGAAGGAGAUGUUGAUAUUUCAGUUCCUAAAAUUGAAGGUAAAGUUAGUGGACCUGAGGUUGAUGUACCUGAUGUCAGCAUUGAUGGCACAAAAGGAGGAUUUAAAAUGCCAAAAGUGAAAAUGCCUUCGUUUGGAAUCAAAGGUCCAAAACUGGAGGCUCCAGAUAUUGAUAGCAGUCUUCCAAAAGCUGAAAUUGACUUGAAAGGACCAAAAGUUGAUGUUAAUCUUCCUGAUGUUGACAUUGAAGGACCUGAUGGAAAACUAAAGGGGCCUAAAUUUAGUAUGCCAUCCAUUAAGGGUCCAAAAAUGCCAGAUUUGGACUUAAACCUCAAAGGUCCCAAGUUGGAAGGAGAUGUUGAUAUUUCAGUUCCUAAAAUUGAAGGUAGAGUUUGUGCACCAGAAGUUGAUGUACCUGAUGUCAGCAUUGAUGGCACAAAAGGAGGAUUUAAAAUGCCAAAAGUCAAAAUGCCAUCAUUUGACAUCAAAGGUCCAAAACUGGAGGGUCCAGAAGUUGAUUUAAAUGUUCCAAAAGCAGAAAUUGACUUGAAAGGACCAAAAGUUGAUGUUAAUCUUCCUGAUGUUGACAUUGAAGGACCUGAUGGAAAACUUAAGGGGCCUAAAUUCAGUAUGCCAUCCAUUAAAGGUCCGAAAAUGCCAGAUUUGGACUUAAACCUCAAAGGUCCCAAGUUGGAAGGAGAUGUUGAUAUUUCAGUUCCUAAAAUUGAAGGUAAAGUUAGUGCACCUGAGGUUGAUGUACCUGAUGUCAGCAUUGAUGGCACAAAAGGAGGAUUUAAAAUGCCAAAAGUCAAAAUGCCCUCAUUUGGCAUCAAAGGUCCAAAACUGGAGGGUCCAGACAUUGAUGGCAGUCUUCCAAAAGCAGAAAUUGACUUGAAAGGACCAAAAGUUGAUGUUAAUCUUCCUGAUGUUGACAUUGAAGGACCUGAUGGGAAACUUAAGGGGCCUAAAUUCAGUAUGCCAUCCAUUAAGGGUCCAAAAAUGCCGGAUUUGGACUUAAACCUCAAAGGUCCCAAGUUGGAAGGAGAUGUUGAUAUUUCAGGACCUAAAAUUGAAGGUAAAGUUAGUACACCUGAGAUUGAUGUACCUGAUGUCAGCAUUGAUGGCACAAAAGGAGGAUUUAAAAUGCCAAAAGUCAAAAUGCCCUCAUUUGGUAUCAAAGGUCCAAAACUGGAGGGUCCAGACAUUGAUGGCAGUCUUCCAAAAGCAGAAAUUGACUUGAAAGGACCAAAAGUUGAUGUUAAUCUUCCUGAUGUUGACAUUGAAGGACCUGAUGGAAAACUUAAGGGGCCUAAAUUCAGUAUGCCAUCUAUUAAAGGUCCGAAAAUGCCAGAUUUGGACUUAAACCUCAAAGGUCCCAAGUUGGAAGGAGAUGUUGAUAUUUCAGUUCCUAAAAUUGAAGGUAAAGUUAGAGCACCCGAGGUUGAUGUACCAGAUGUCAGCAUUGAUGGCACAAAAGGAGGAUUUAAAAUGCCAAAAGUCAAAAUACCUUCGUUUGGCAUCAAAGGUCCAAAACUGGAGAGUCCAGACAUUGACAGCAGUCUUCCAAAAGCUGAAAUUGACUUGAAAGGACCAAAAGUUGAUGUUAAUCUUCCUGAUGUUGACAUUGAAGGACCUGACGGAAAACUUAAGGGGCCUAAAUUCAGUAUGCCAUCCAUUAAGGGUCCAAAAAUGCCAGAUUUGGACUUAAACCUCAAAGGUCCCAAGUUAGAAGGAGAUGUUGAUAUUUCAGUACCUAAAAUUGAAGGUAAAGUUAGUGCACCUGAGGUUGAUGUACCUGAUGUCAGCAUUGAUGGCACAAAAGGAGGAUUUAAAAUGCCAAAAGUCAAAAUGCCCUCAUUUGGCAUCAAAGGUCCAAAACUGGAGGGUCCAGACAUUGAUGGCAGUCUUCCAAAAGCAGAAAUAGACUUGAAAGGACCAAAAGUUGAUGUUAAUCUUCCUGAUGUUGACAUUGAAGGACCUGAUGGAAAACUUAAGGGGCCUAAAUUCAGUAUGCCAUCCAUUAAAGGUCCGAAAAUGCCAGAUUUGGACUUAAACCUCAAAGGUCCCAAGUUGGAAGGAGAUGUUGAUAUUUCAGUUCCUAAAAUUGAAGGUAAAGUUAGUGCACCAGAGGUUGAUGUACCUGAUGUCAGCAUUGAUGGCACAAAAGGAGGAUUUAAAAUGCCAAAAGUCAAAAUGCCAUCAUUUGGCAUCAAAGGUCCAAAACUGGAAAGUCCAGACGUUGACUUAAGUCUUCCAAAAGCUGAAAUUGACUUGAAAGGACCAAAAGUUGAUGUUAAUCUUCCUGAUGUUGACAUUGAAGGACCUGACGGAAAACUUAAGGGGCCUAAAUUCAGUAUGCCAUCCAUUAAGGGUCCAAAAAUGCCAGAUUUGGACUUAAACCUCAAAGGUCCCAAGUUGGAAGGAGAUGUUGAUAUUUCAGUACCUAAAAUUGAAGGUAAAGUUAGUGCACCUGAGGUUGAUGUACCUGAUGUCAGCAUUGAUGGCACAAAAGGAGGAUUUAAAAUGCCAAAAGUCAAAAUGCCCUCAUUUGGCAUCAAAGGUCCAAAACUGGAGGGUCCAGACAUUGAUGGCAGUCUUCCAAAAGCAGAAAUAGACUUGAAAGGACCAAAAGUUGAUGUUAAUCUUCCUGAUGUUGACAUUGAAGGACCUGAUGGAAAACUUAAGGGGCCUAAAUUCAGUAUGCCAUCCAUUAAAGGUCCGAAAAUGCCAGAUUUGGACUUCAACCUCAAAGGUCCCAAGUUAGAAGGAGAUGUCAAUAUUUCAGUUCCUAAAAUUGAAGGUAAAGUUAGUGCACCAGAGGUUGAUGUACCAGAUGUCAGCAUUGAUGGCACAAAAGGAGGAUUUAAAAUGCCAAAAGUCAAAAUGCCAUCAUUUGGCAUCAAAGGUCCAAAACUGGAAAGUCCAGACGUUGACUUAAGUCUUCCAAAAGCUGAAAUUGACUUGAAAGGACCAAAAGUUGAUGUUAAUCUUCCUGAUGUUGACAUUGAAGGACCUGACGGAAAACUUAAGGGGCCUAAAUUCAGUAUGCCAUCCAUUAAGGGUCCAAAAAUGCCAGAUUUGGACUUAAACCUCAAAGGUCCCAAGUUGGAAGGAGAUGUUGAUAUUUCAGUUCCUAAAAUUGAAGGUAAAGUUAGUGCACCUGAGGUUGAUGUACCAGAUGUCAGCAUUGAUGGCACAAAAGGAGGAUUUAAAAUGCCAAAAGUCAAAAUGCCCUCGUUUGGCAUCAAAGGUCCAAAACUGGAGGCUCCAGACAUUGAUUUAAGUCUUCCAAAAGCUGACAUUGAUUUGAAAGGACCAAAAGUUGAUGUUAAUCUUCCUGAUGUUGACAUUGAAGGACCUGACGGAAAACUUAAAGGACCUAAAUUCAGUAUGCCAUCCAUUAAAGGUCCAAAAAUGCCAGAUUUGGACUUCAACCUCAAAGGUCCAAAGUUGGAAGGAGAUGUUGAUAUUUCAGUUCCCAAAAUUGAAGGUAAAGCUAGUGCACCAGAGGUUGAUUUACCCGAUGUAAGCAUUGAUGGCACAAAAGGAGGAUUUAAAAUGCCAAAAGUCAAAAUGCCCUCAUUUGGCAUCAAAGGUCCAAAACUGGAGGCUCCAGACAUUGAUUUAAGUCUUCCAAACGCUGAAAUUGAUUUGAAAGGACCAAAAGUUGAUAUUAAUCGUCCUGAUGUUGACAUUGAAGGACCUGAUGGAAAACUUAAAGGACCUAAAUUCAGUAUGCCAUCUGUUAAGGGUCCAAAAAUGCCAGAUUUGGACUUAAACCUCAAAGGUCCCAAGUUGGAAGGAGAUGUUGAUAUUUCAGUUCCUAAAAUUGAAGGUAAAAUUUCUGCACCAGAGGUUGAUGUACCUGAUGUCAGCAUUGAUGGCACAAAAGGAGGAUUUAAAAUGCCAAAAGUCAAAAUGCCUUCAUUUGGCAUCAAAGGUCCAAAACUGGAGGGUUCAGACUUUGAUUUAAGUCUUCCAAAAGCUGAAAUUGAUUUGAAAGGACCAAAAGUUGAUGUUAAUCUUGCUGAUGUUGACAUUGAAGGACCUGACGGAAAACUUAAGGGGCCUAAAUUUAGUAUGCCAUCCAUUAAAGGUCCAAAAAUGCCAGAGUUUGACGUAAACCUCAAAGGUCCAAAGUUGGAAGGAGAUGUUGAUAUUUCAGUUCCUAAAAUUGAAGGUAAAGUUAGUGCACCAGAGGUUGAUUUACCCGAUGUAAGCAUUGAUGGCGCAAAGGGAGGAUUUAAAAUGCCAAAAGUUAAAAUGCCCUCAUUUGACAUCAAAGGUCCAAAACUGGAGGCUCCAGACAUUGAUUUAAGUCUUCCAAAAGCUGAAAUCGAUUUGAAAGGACCAAAAGUUGAUGUUAAUCUACCUGAUGUUGACAUUGAAGGACCUGACGGAAAACUUAAAGGGCCUAAAUUCAGUAUGCCAUCCAUGAAGGGUCCAAAAAUGCCAGAUUUGGACUUCAACCUCAAAGGUCCGAAGUUGGAAGGAGAUGUUGAUAUUUCAGUUCCUAAAAUUGAAGGUAAAGUUAGUGCACCAGAGGUUGAUGUACCUGAUGUCAAUAUCGAUGGCAAGAAAGGAGGAUUUAAAAUGCCAAAAAUCAAAAUGCCUUCGUUGAAUAUUAAAGGUCCAAAAGUGGAGGCUCCAGAUGUUGAUUUAACUCUUCCAAAAGCUGAAAUUGACUUGAAAGGACCAAAAGUUGAUGUUAAUCUACCUGAUGUUGACAUUGAAGGACCUGACGGAAAACUUAAGGGGCCUAAAAUCAGUAUGCCAUCCUUUAAGGGUCCGAAAAUGCCAGACUUGGACUUCAACCUCAAAGGUCCCAAGUUGGAAGGAGAUGUUGAUAUUUCAGUUCCUAAAAUUGAAGGUAAAGUUGGUGAGCCAGAGGUUGAUUUACCCGAUGUAAACAUUGAUGGUGCAAAAGGAGGAUUUAAAAUGCCAAAAGUCAAAAUGCCCUCAUUUGACAUCAAAGGUCCAAAACUGAAGGGUGCAGACAUUGAUUUAAAUCUUCCAAAAGCUGAAAUUGACUUGAAAGGACCAAAAGUUGAUGUUAAUCUACCUGAUGUUGAAAUUGAAGGACCUGACGGAAAACUUAAGGGGCCUAAAUUUAGUAUGCCAUCCAUUAAGGGUCCAAAAAUGCCGGAUUUGGACUUCAACCUCAAAGGUCCCAAGUUGGAAGGAGAUGUUGAUAUUUCAGUUCCUAAAAUUGAAGGUAAAGUUGGUGCACCAGAGGUUGAUGUACCUGAUGUCAGCAUCGAUGGUAAAAAAGGAGGAUUUAAAAUGCCAAAAAUCACAAUGCCCUCAUUUGACAUCAAAGGUCCAAAACUGGAGGCUCCAGACAUUGAUUUAAGUCUUCCAAAAGCAGACAUUGACUUGAAAGGACCAAAAGUUGAUGUUAAUCUUCCUGAUGUUGACAUUGAAGGACCUGACGGAAAACUUAAAGGACCUAAAUUCAGUAUGCCAUCCAUUAAAGGUCCGAAAAUGCCAGAUUUGGACUUCAAACUCAAAGGUCCAAAAAUGGAAGGAGAUGUUGAUAUUUCAGUUCCUAAAAUUGAAGGUAAAGUUAGUGCACCAGACAUUGAUGUACCUGAUGUAAGCAUUGAUGGUGCAAAAGGAGGAUUUAAAAUGCCAAAAGUCAAAAUGCCCUCAUUUGACAUCAAAGGUCCAAAACUGGAGGCUCCAGACAUUGAUUUAAGUCUUCCAAAAGCAGACAUUGACUUGAAAGGACCAAAAGUUGAUGUUAAUCUUCCUGAUGUUGACAUUGAAGGACCUGACGGAAAACUUAAGGGGCCUAAGUUUAGUAUGCCAUCCAUUAAGGGUCCAAAAAUGCCAGAUUUGGACUUCAACCUCAAAGGUCCCAAGUUGGAAGGAGAUGUUGAUAUUUCAGUUCCUAAAAUUGAAGGUAAAUUUGGUGUGCCAGAGGUUGAUUUACCCGAUGUAAGCAUUGAAGGCACAAAAGGAGGAUUUAAAAUGCCAAAAAUCAAAAUGCCCUCGUUUAACAUCAAAAGUCCAAAACUGGAAAGUCCAGAUGUUGAUUUAAGUGUUCCAAAAGCAGAAAUUGACUUGAAAGGACCAAAAGUUGAUGUUAAUCUUCCUGAUGUUGACAUUGAAGGACCUGAUGGAAAACUUAAGGGGCCUAAAAUCAGUAUGCCAUCCAUUAAAGGUCCAAAAAUGCCAGAUUUUGACGUAAACAUCAAAACUCCUAAGUUGGAGGGAGAUGUUGAUCUUUCCAUUCCAAAUGUUAAAGGUGAAGUCAAAGGGCGAAUAAAAACACCAGAGAUUGAUGUCAAAGGUCAAAAAGUAAAAGCCCCAAAGGUUAAAGUUCCAAAAUUCAAAAUGCCAAAGUUUGGAUUUAAAAGUCCAAAAGCUGAAGGCCCUGAUAUAGAUGUAAAUCUGCCUAAAGCUGAAAUCGAUGUCGAUGUACAGAAACCUGAUAUAAAAGGUCCCAAAAUUGACAUCGAAAGUCCAAGUGGAAAAUUCAAGGGACCAAAAUUCAACCUUCCAUCAAUUUCUGGGCCCAAAUUAUCUAUGCCUGACGUUGACUUCAAUCUAAAGGGUCAGAAGAUAAAGGGAGAUAUGGAUUUGUCUGCACCAAAACUUGAAGGAGACAUGAAAGUUCCAGGUGUUGACAUCAAAGGUCCAGAAAUUGAUGUGAAAGGACCAAAGGGUGGAAUUGAAAUGCCCAAAAUAACAAUGCCUAAAUUUGGAUUCAAAGGUCCAAAGGUUGAAGGUCCUGAUAUAGAUGUAAAGCUCCCUAAAGCUGAGAUUGACGUAGAUGCACCCAAACUGGACAUAAAAGGCCCUGAAUGUGACAUUGAAAGUCCAAGUGGAAAAAUCAAAGGACCAAAAUUCAACCUUCCAUCCAUUUCUGGGCCCAAUUUAUCUAUGCCUGAUGUUGACUUCAAUCUAAAGGGUCCGAAAAUUAAGGGAGAUAUGGAUUUGUCUGCACCAAAAAUUGAAGGAGACAUGAAAGUUCCAGAUGUUAACAUCAAAGGUCCAGAAUUUGAUGUGAAGGGGCCAAAGGGUGGAAUUGAAAUGCCCAAAAUAACAAUGCCUAAAUUUGGAUUCAAAGGUCCAAAGGUUGAAGGUCCAGAUAUAGAUGUAAAGCUCCCUAAAGCUGAGAUUGACGUAGAUGCACCCAAACUGGACAUAAAAGGCCCUGAAUUUGACAUUGAAUGUCCAAGCGGAAAAAUCAAAGGACCAAAAAUCAAUCUUCCAUCCAUUUCUGGGCCCAAGCUAUCCAUGCCUGAUGUUGACUUCAAUCUAAAGGGUGCUAAGAUAAAAGGAGACAUGGACUUGUCUGCACCAAAACUUGAAGGAGACAUAAACGUUCCAGAUGUUGACAUCAAAGGUCCAGAAAUUGAUGUUGAGGGUCCAAAGGGUGGAUUUGAAAUGCCCAAAAUAAAAAUGCCUAAUUUUGGAUUCAAAGGUCCAAAGGUUGAAGGUCCAGAUAUAGACAUGAAUCUUCCUACAGCUGAAAUUGAUAUAGAUGCACCCAAACUGGACAUAAAAGGCCCUGAAAUUGACAUUGGAAGUCCAAGUGGAAAAAUCAAAGGACCAAAAUUCAACCUUCCAUCCAUUUCUGGGCCCAAAUUAUCUAUGCCUGACGUUGACUUCAAUCUAAAGGGUCCGAAAAUUAAGGGAGAUAUGGAUUUGUCUGCACCAAAAAUUGAAGGAGACAUAAAAGUUCCAGAUGUUGACAUCAAAGGUCCAGAAAUUGAUGUGGAAGGACCAAAGGGGGGAUUUGAGAUGCCCAAAUUUAAAAUGCCUAAAUUUGGAUUCAAAGGUCCAAAGGUUGAAGGUCCAGAUAUAGACAUAAACCUCCCUAAAGCUGAAAUUGAUGUAGAUGCACCCAAACUGGACAUAAAAGGUCCUGAAAUUGACAUUGAAAGUCCAAGUGGAAAAAUCAAAGGACCAAAAUUCAACCUUCCAUCCAUUUCUGGGCCCAAUUUAUCUAUGCCUGACGUUGACUUCAACCUAAAGGGUCCGAAAAUUAAGGGAGAUAUGGAUUUGUCUGCACCAAAAAUUGAAGGAGACAUAAAAGUUCCAGAUGUUGACAUCAAAGGUCCAGAAAUUGAUGUGGAAGGACCAAAGGGGGGAUUUGAGAUGCCCAAAUUUAAAAUGCCUAAAUUUGGAUUCAAAGGUCCAAAGGUUGAAGGUCCAGAUAUAGACAUAAACCUCCCUAAAGCUGAAAUUGAUGUAGAUGCACCCAAACUGGACAUAAAAGGUCCUGAAAUUGACAUUGAAAGUCCAAGUGGAAAAAUCAAAGGACCAAAAUUCAACCUUCCAUCCAUUUCUGGGCCCAAUUUAUCUAUGCCUGACGUUGACUUCAACCUAAAGGGUCCGAAAAUUAAGGGAGAUAUGGAUUUGUCUGCACCAAAAAUUGAAGGAGACAUAAAAGUUCCAGAUGUUAACAUCAAAGGUCCAGAAUUUGAUGUGGAGGGCCCAAAGGGUGGAUUUGAGAUGCCCAAAUUUAAAAUGCCUAAAUUUGGAUUCAAAGGUCCAAAGGUUGAAGGUCCAGAUAUAGACAUAAACCUCCCUAAAGCUGAAAUUGAUGUAGAUGCACCCAAACUGGACAUAAAAGGCCCUGAAAUUGACAUUGAAAGUCCAAGUGGAAAAAUCAAAGGACCAAAAUUCAACCUUCCAUCCAUUUCUGGGCCCAAUUUAUCUAUGCCUGACGUUGACUUCAAUCUAAAGGGUCCGAAAAUUAAGGGAGAUAUGGAUUUGUCUGCACCAAAAAUUGAAGGAGACAUAAAAGUUCCAGAUGUUAACAUCAAAGGUCCAGAAUUUGAUGUGGAGGGCCCAAAGGGUGGAUUUGAGAUGCCCAAAUUUAAAAUGCCUAAAUUUGGAAUCAAAGGUCCAAAGGUUGAAGGUCCAGAUAUAGACAUAAACCUCCCUAAAGCUGAAAUUGAUGUAGAUGCCCCCAAACUGGACAUAAAAGGCCCUGAAAUUGACAUUGAAAGUCCAAGUGGAAAAAUCAAAGGACCAAAAUUCAACCUUCCAUCCAUUUCUGGACCCAAAAUGUCUAUGCCUGAUGUUGACUUUAAUCUAAAGGGUCCGAAGAUAAAAGGAGACAUGGACUUGUCUACACCAAAACUUGAAGGAGACAUACAAAUUCCAGAUGUUGACAUCAAAGGUCCAGAAAUUGAUGUGGAAGGACCAAAGGGUGGAUUUGAGAUGCCCAAAUUUAAAAUGCCUAAAUUUGGAUUCAAAGGUCCAAAGGUUGAAGGUCCCGAAGUAGAUGUAAAGCUCCCCAAAGCUGAAAUUGAUGUGGAUGCACCCAAACUGGACAUAAAAUGCCCUGAAAUUGACAUUGAAAGUCCAAGUGGAAAAAUCAAAGGACCAAAAUUCAACCUUCCAUCCAUUUCUGGGCCCAAUUUAUCUAUGCCUGACGUUGACUUCAAUCUAAAGGGUCCGAAAAUUAAGGGAGAUAUGGAUUUGUCUGCACCAAAAAUUGAAGGAGACAUAAAAGUUCCAGAUGUUAACAUCAAAGGUCCAGAAUUUGAUGUGGAGGGCCCAAAGGGUGGAUUUGAGAUGCCCAAAUUUAAAAUGCCUAAAUUUGGAUUCAAAGGUCCAAAGGUUGAAGGUCCAGAUAUAGACAUAAACCUCCCUAAAGCUGAAAUUGAUGUAGAUGCCCCCAAACUGGACAUAAAAGGCCCUGAAAUUGACAUUGAAAGUCCAAGUGGAAAAAUCAAAGGACCAAAAUUCAACCUUCCAUCCAUUUCUGGGCCCAAUUUAUCUAUGCCUGACGUUGACUUCAAUCUAAAGGGUCCGAAAAUUAAGGGAGACAUGGAUUUGUCUGCACCAAAAAUUGAAGGUGACAUAAAAGUUCCAGAUGUUAACAUCAAAGGUCCAGAAUUUGAUGUGGAGGGCCCAAAGGGUGGAUUUGAGAUGCCCAAAUUUAAAAUGCCUAAAUUUGGAUUCAAAGGUCCAAAGGUUGAAGGUCCAGAUAUAGACAUAAACCUCCCUAAAGCUGAAAUUGAUGUAGAUGCACCCAAACUGGACAUAAAAGGCCCUGAAAUUGACAUUGAAAGUCCAAGUGGAAAAAUCAAAGGACCAAAAUUCAACCUUCCAUCCAUUUCUGGGCCCAAUUUAUCUAUGCCUGACGUUGACUUCAAUGUAAAGGGUCCGAAAAUUAAGGGAGACAUGGAUUUGUCUGCACCAAAAAUUGAAGGAGACAUAAAAGUUCCAGAUGUUAACAUCAAAGGUCCAGAAUUUGAUGUGGAGGGCCCAAAGGGUGGAUUUGAGAUGCCCAAAUUUAAAAUGCCUAAAUUUGGAUUCAAAGGUCCAAAGGUUGAAGGUCCAGAUAUAGACAUAAACCUCCCUAAAGCUGAAAUUGAUGUAGAUGCACCCAAACUGGACAUAAAAGGCCCUGAAAUUGACAUUGAAAGUCCAAGUGGAAAAAUCAAAGGACCAAAAUUCAACCUUCCAUCCAUUUCUGGGCCCAAUUUAUCUAUGCCUGACGUUGACUUCAAUCUAAAGGGUCCGAAAAUUAAGGGAGAUAUGGAUUUGUCUGCACCAAAAAUUGAGGGAGACAUAAAAGUUCCAGAUGUUAACAUCAAAGGUCCAGAAUUUGAUGUGGAGGGCCCAAAGGGUGGAUUUGAGAUGCCCAAAUUUAAAAUGCCUAAAUUUGGAAUCAAAGGUCCAAAGGUUGAAGGUCCAGAUAUAGACAUAAACCUCCCUAAAGCUGAAAUUGAUGUAGAUGCCCCCAAACUGGACAUAAAAGGCCCUGAAAUUGACAUUGAAAGUCCAAGUGGAAAAAUCAAAGGACCAAAAUUCAACCUUCCAUCCAUUUCUGGGCCCAAAAUUUCGAUGCCUGAUGUUGACUUUAAUCUAAAGGGUCCGAAGAUAAAAGGAGACAUGGACUUGUCUACACCAAAACUUGAAGGAGACAUACAAAUUCCAGAUGUUGACAUCAAAGGUCCAGAAAUUGAUGUGGAAGGACCAAAGGGUGGAUUUGAGAUGCCCAAAUUUAAAAUGCCUAAAUUUGGAUUCAAAGGUCCAAAGGUUGAAGGUCCCGAAGUAGAUGUAAAGCUCCCUAAAGCUGAAAUUGAUGUAGAUGCACCCAAACUGGACAUAAAAGGCCCUGAAAUUGACAUUGAAAGUCCAAGUGGAAAAAUCAAAGGACCAAAAUUCAACCUUCCAUCCAUUUCUGGGCCCAAUUUAUCUAUGCCUGACGUUGACUUCAAUCUAAAGGGUCCGAAAAUUAAGGGAGAUAUGGAUUUGUCUGCACCAAAAAUUGAAGGAGACAUAAAAGUUCCAGAUGUUAACAUCAAAGGUCCAGAAUUUGAUGUGGAGGGCCCAAAGGGUGGAUUUGAGAUGCCCAAAUUUAAAAUGCCUAAAUUUGGAAUCAAAGGUCCAAAGGUUGAAGGUCCAGAUAUAGACAUAAACCUCCCUAAAGCUGAAAUUGAUGUAGAUGCACCCAAACUGGACAUAAAAGGCCCUGAAAUUGACAUUGAAAGUCCAAGUGGAAAAAUCAAAGGACCAAAAUUCAACCUUCCAUCCAUUUCUGGGCCCAAUUUAUCUAUGCCUGACGUUGACUUCAAUCUAAAGGGUCCGAAAAUUAAGGGAGGUAUGGAUUUGUCUGCACCAAAAAUUAAAGGAGACAUAAAAGUUCCAGAUGUUAACAUCAAAGGUCCAGAAUUUGAUGUGGAGGGCCCAAAGGGUGGAAUUGAAAUGUCGAAAAUAAAAAUGCCUAAAUUUGGAUUCAAAGGGCCAAAUUGCCUAGAAAUUAAGGGAGGUAUGGUGUCUGCACCAAAAAUUAAAGGAGACAUAAAAGUUCCAGAUGUUAACAUCAAAGGUCCAGAAUUUGAUGUGGAGGGCCCAAAGGGUGGAAUUGAAAUGUCGAAAAUAAAAAUGCCUAAAUUUGGAUUCAAAGGGCCAAAGGUUGAAGGUCCAGAUAUAGACAUAAACCUCCCUAAAGCUGAAAUUGAUGUAGAUGCACCCAAACUGGACAUAAAAGGCCCUGAAAUUGACAUUGAAAGUCCAAGUGGAAAAAUCAAAGGACCAAAAUUCAACCUUCCAUCCAUUUCUGGACCCAAAAUUUCGAUGCCUGAUGUUGACUUUAAUCUAAAGGGUCCGAAGAUAAAAGGAGACAUGGACUUGUCUACACCAAAACUUGAAGGAGACAUACAAAUUCCAGAUGUUGACAUCAAAGGUCCAGAAAUUGAUGUGGAAGGACCAAAGGGUGGAUUUGAGAUGCCCAAAUUUAAAAUGCCUAAAUUUGGAUUCAAAGGUCCAAAGGUUGAAGGUCCCGAAGUAGAUGUAAAGCUCCCCAAAGCUGAAAUUGAUGUGGAUGCACCCAAACUGGACAUAAAAUGUCCUGAUAUUGACGUUGAAAGUCCAAGUGGAAAAAUCAAAGGACCAAAAUUCAACCUUCCAUCCAUUUCUGGGCCCAAUUUAUCUAUGCCUGACGUUGACUUCAAUCUAAAGGGUCCGAAAAUUAAGGGAGAUAUGGAUUUGUCUGCACCACAAAUUGAAGGAGACAUAAAAGUUCCAGAUGUUAACAUCAAAGGUCCAGAAUUUGAUGUGGAGGGCCCAAAGGGUGGAUUUGAGAUGCCCAAAUUUAAAAUGCCUAAAUUUGGAUUCAAAGGGCCAAAGGUUGAAGGUCCAGAUAUAGACAUAAACCUCCCUAAAGCUGAAAUUGAUGUAGAUGCACCCAAACUGGACAUAAAAGGUCCUGAAAUUGACAUUGAAAGUCCAAGUGGAAAAAUCAAAGGACCAAAAUUCAACCUUCCAUCCAUUUCUGGGCCCAAUUUAUCUAUGCCUGACGUUGACUUCAAUCUAAAGGGUCCGAAAAUUAAGGGAGAUAUGGAUUUGUCUGCACCAAAAAUUGAAGGAGACAUAAAAGUUCCAGAUGUUAACAUCAAAGGUCCAGAAUUUGAUGUGGAGGCCAAGGGUGGAUUUGAGAUGCCCAAAUUUAAAAUGCCUAAAUUUGGAUUCAAAGGUCCAAAGGUUGAAGGUCCAGAUAUAGACAUAAACCUCCCUAAAGCUGAAAUUGAUGUAGAUGCACCCAAACUGGACAUAAAAGGCCCUGAAAUGGACAUUGAAAGUCCAAGUGGAAAAAUCAAAGGACCAAAAUUCAACCUUCCAUCCCUUUCUGGGCAAUUAUCUAUGCCUGAUGUUGAUUUCAAUUUAAAGGGUCCUAAGAUAAAGGGAGAUGUGGAUUUGUCUGCACCAAAACUAUGAAGGAGACAUAAAGUUCCAGAUGUCAAGAUCAAAGGUCCUGAAAUUGAUGUGAAGGGCCCAAAGGGUGGAAUUGAAAUGCCCAAAAUAACAAUGCCUAAAUUUGGAUUCAAAGGUCCAAAGGUUGAAGGUCCAGAUAUAGAUGUAAAGGUCCCUAAAGCUGAGAUUGAUGUGGAUACACCUAAUCUGGAACUAAAAGGGCCUGAAAUUGACAUGGGAAGUCCAAGUGGAAAAAUCAAAGGACCAAAAUUCAACCUUCCAACUAUUUCUGGGCCCACAUUAUCUAUGCCUGAUGUUGACUUCAAUCUAAAGGGUCCGAAGAUAAAGGGAGACAUGGACUUGUCUAUACCAAAACUUGAAGGCGACAUAAAAGUUCCAGAUGUUAACAUCAAAGGUCCUGAAAUGGAUGUGAAGGGACCAAAGGGUGGAUUUGAAAUGCCCAAAAUAACAAUGCCUAAAUUUGGAUUCACUGGUCCAAAGGUUGAAGGUCCAGAUAUAGAUGUAAAGCUCCCUAAAGCUGAGAUUGAUAUGGAUACACCUAAUCUGGAUCUAAAAGGCCCUAAAAUUGACAUGGAAAGUCCAAGUGGAAAAAUCAAAGGACCAAAAUUCAACCUUCCAACUCUUACAGGGCCCAAAUUAUCCAUGCCUGAUGUUGACUUCAAUCUAAAGGGUCCGAAGAUAAAGGGAGACAUGGACUUGUCUGCACCAAAACUUGAAGGAGACAUAAAUGUUCCAGAUGUUAAGAUCAAAGGUCCUGAAAUGGAUGUGAAGGGACCAAAGGGUGGAAUUGAAAUGCCCAAAAUAACAAUGCCAAAAUUUGGAUUCACAGGUCCAAAGAUUGAAGGACCAGAUAUAGAUGUAAAGCUGCCUAAAGCUGAGAUUGAUGUGGAUACACCUAAUCUGGAACUACAAGGCCCUGAAAUUGACAUGGAAAGUCCAAGUGGAAAAAUCAAAGGACCAAAAUUGAACCUUCCAUCCAUUUCUGGGCCCAAAAUUUCAAUGCCUGAUGUUGACUUUAAUCUAAAGGGUCCGAAGAUAAAAGGAGACAUGGACUUGUCUACACCAAAACUUGAAGGAGACAUACAAAUUCCAGAUGUUGACAUCAAAGGUCCAGAAAUUGAUGUGGAAGGACCAAAGGGGGGAUUUGAGAUGCCCAAAUUUAAAAUGCCUAAAUUUGGAUUCAAAGGUCCAAAGGUUGAAGGUCCAGAUAUAGAUGUAAAGCUCCCCAAAGCUGAAAUUGAUGUAGAUGCACCCAAACUGGACAUAAAAGGGCCUGAAAUUGACAUUGAAAGUCCAAGCGGAAAAAUCAAAGGACCAAAGUUCAACCUUCCAUCCAUUUCUGGGCCCACAUUAUCUAUGCCUGACGUUGACUUUAAUCUAAAGGGUCCGAAGAUAAAGGGAGACAUGGACUUGUCUGCACCAAAACUUGAAGGAGACAUAAAUGUUCCAGAUGUUAAGAUCAAAGGUCCAGAAAUUGAUGUGAAGGGACCAAAGGGUGGAAUAGAAAUGCCCAAAAUAACAAUGCCUAAAUUUGGAUUCACUGGUCCAAAGGUUGACGGUCCAGAUAUAGAUGUAAAGCUGCCAAAAGCUGAGAUUGAUAUGGAUACACCUAAUCUGGAAAUAAAAGGCCCUGAAAUUGACAUGGAAAGUCCAAGUGGAAAAAUCAAAGGACCAAAAUUCAACCUUCCAUCCAUUUCUGGACCCAAAAUAUCUAUGCCUGAUGUUAACUUCGAUCUAAAGGGUCCGAAGAUAAAGGGAGACAUGGAUUUGUCUGCACCAAAACUUGAAGGAGACAUAAAAGGUCCAGAUGUUAAUAUCAAAGGCCCAGAAAUUGAUUUGGAGGGCCCAAAGGGUGGAUAUGAGAUGCCCAAAUUCAAAAUGCCUAAAUUUGGAUUCAAAGGUCCAAAGGGUAAAGGUCCGGAAUUAGAUGUAAAUCUUCCUAAAGCUGAAAUCGAUGUAGAUGCACCCAAACUGGACAUAAAAGGCCCUGAAAUUGACAUUGAAAGUCCAAGUGGAAAAAUCAAAGGACCCAAAUUGUCUAUGCCAGACGCUGAUUUCCGUCUAAAGGGUCCGAAGAUAAAGGGAGAUAUGGAUUUGUCUGCACCAAAAGUUGAAGGAGACAUAAAAGUUCCAGGUGUUGACAUUAAAAGUCCAGCAAUUGAUGUAGAAGGACCAAAGGGUGGAUUUGAGAUGCCAAAAUUCAAAAUGCCUAAAUUUAGAAUCAAAGGUCCAAAGGUUGAAAGCCCGGAAGUAGAUGUAAAGCUUCCUAAAGGUGAGAUUGAUGUGGAUGCACCCAAACUGGACAUAAAAGGGCCUGAAAUUGACAUUGAAAGUCCAAGCGGAAAAAUCAAAGGACCAAAAUUCAACCUUCCAUCCAUUUCUGGGUCCAAAAUGUCUAUGCCUGAUGUUGGUUUCAAUGUAAAGGGCCCAAAGAUAAAGGGAGAUAUGGAUUUGUCUGCACCAAAACUUGAAGGAGACAUAAAUGUUCCAAAUGUUGACAUCGAAGGUCCAGAAAUUGAUGUAGAGGGACCAACAGGUGGAUUUGAAAUGCCCAAAAUAAAAAUGCCUAAAUUUGGAUUCAAAGGUCCAAAGGUUGAAGGUCCAGAUAUAGAUGUAAAUCUCCCUAAAGCUGAAAUUGAUGUAGAUGCACCCAAAUUGGACAUAAAAGGCCCUGAAAUUGACAUUGAAAGUCCAAGUGGAAAAAUCAAAGGACCAAAAUUCAACCUUCCAUCCAUUUCUGGGCCCAAAAUGUCUAUGCCUGACGUUGACUUCAAUCUAAAGGGUCCGAAGAUAAAGGGAGAUAUGGAUUUGUCUGCACCAAAACUUGAAGGAGACAUAAAAGUUCCAGGUGUUAACAUCAAAGGUCCAGAAUUUGAUAUGGAGGGCCCAAAGGGUGGAAUUGAAAUGCCUAAAAUAACGAUGACAUCAUUUGGAUUCAAAGGUCCAAAGGUUGAAGGUCCAGAUAUAGAUGUAAAUCUCCCUAAAGCUGAAAUUGACAUGGAUGCACCCAAAUUGGACAUAAAAGGUCCCAAAAUUGAUAUUGAAAGUCCAAGUGGAAAAAUCAAAGGACCAAAUUUCAACCUUCCAUCCAUUUCUGGGCCCAAAUUAUCUAUGCCUGACGUUGACUUCAAUCUUAAGGGCCCAAAGAUAAAGGGAGACAUGGAUUUGUCUGCACCAAAACUUGAAGGAGAUGUAAAUGUUCCAGAUGUUACCAUCAAAGGUACAAAAAUCGAUGUGGAGGGCCCAAAGGGUGGAAUUGAAAUGCCCAAAAUAAAAAUGCCUACACUUGCUUUCAAAGGUCCGACGUUUGAAGGUUCAGAUAUAGAUGUAAAUCUCCCUAAAGCAGAAAUUGAUAUGGAUGCACCUAAACUGGACAUAAAAGGUCCUAAAAUAAACAUUGACAGUCCAAGUGGAAAAAUUAAAGGACCACAGUUUAAUCUUCCUUCCACUUCUGGUAAUAAAUCAUCUAUAGGAGGAGUUGAUGUCACUCUGAAAGGUCCAAAGAUUGAGGGAGAUCUGGCUAUGCAAGGGAAAACUGGUAAAUUCAAAGCACCAAAAAUUAAAGGAAAGUCCAAAAAAAGUGAUGCAGACAUUUCAGGAGUAAGUGUUGAUGUUGGUACACCUAACAUUAACAUGAAGGGAACUAAGAAAAGUCUUUUUGGCAAGCUUCAUUUUCCAGAUGUUGAAUUAGAUAUUAAAUCACCAAAAGCCAAAGGAGAUUUGUAUUUAUCUGAGGGGAAGACUGAUGCAGAUCUUGCAUGUGCAGCAAAAGUUUCUUUAGAAGACCCUGUUGUUGAUAGGCCUAGUGGUAUUCGUUACCCAGAAGGAAAAAUUGCAUUUCCUCAAAUCAAAGCACCUAAAAUUGCCAUUGCAUUGCCACAGAGAGAAGGUACAGCGAAUAUUGAAUCAGAAACUUCAUCCGGAGUGAGUCUUAAAACCAAGUCCUCCUCACUUGAAUAUGAGGCAAGUCCUGGUAAUGUUGGUAUUUCAAGUCCAGAUUUUAAAGAAGGUGAACACAAAGUAAAAGGAAAAAAGUUGAAGUUAUUUGGCAAAUCUAAGGCAAAGAGCAGCAGUGCAAGUGAUCUCAAGGGACCAGAGAUAGAAAUUAGUCCCAGACAAAGUGAAACAAGUGUUGAUGUUGGUGGGCAGAUGGGCACAGUCAGUUUGUCACCAAAAGGCAAGUCAGCCUCAUUGGACUUGUUUAAGAAAUCAAGGCACAGUCCAUCUUUUAAUGCUGAAGGAGCAGUUACAGUUAGCUCUGGGUCUACUGAGUUAGAGGCAGAGGGUGGUGAUAUUUCGCUGAACUUUGGAGAAGCUAGGGGUAAAGAAAAGAAAGGAAAGUUGAAGUUUGGAACGUUUGGAGGUUUUGGUUCAAAGUCAAAAGGCUCAUAUGAAGUGACUUUUGGAGAGGACAGUGGAGCAUCUGCAGAGGGAACAGCAGGUGUUUCCUUAUCAUCUAAGAAGUCCAGGUUGUCCUCAUCCUCAAGCAAUGAAAGUGGUUCUAAAGGUGGUUUCAGGUUUCCAAAAGUAGAGCUAUCUGUCUCACCUAAAACAGAAUAGUAAAGUCUUUCAGAUAACAAUAUUGGUAGCAGAGGAAUCAUCUCGAUUUUUACAAGAAAAUUAACACUUAAAUUUAAAAAAUGCAUUGUAACUGUAAAUAAGAUUAAUUUGUAUUGUAUUAUUAAAUAUUCAUUUGUAAAUAGUCCAGAUUUAUAAGCAAAUGGCAAUACUCUGAAGGAAAAUGUUAUAUUACAGAAUGUAGCCAUUUCCAAAGUACAUUUCUUAACAAAAAUCAUUUUACUCUUCACAGUACAGCACAUACAGUUUUCUUUAAUGAAUGAUGGUAAUAAUAAAACAAGUCAGAAUUGCACAAUAGAAUAGAAUGGUCUGGAGAGACAAACUGGUGAUGUAUAUAUUUAGACUACUUGCCAUAUUUGCAUUGACAAUCGCUGUUUAUAAAAGUUCUUUUACAGUGAUUUUUUAAUACAUACUGUAUUUUUUGACUCAACCUAUGUGCCUUUUCUUUUAUAAAAAGUUUUACAAAAAUAAAUGUUAAUACAGCUCAAAGUAUGUGAAAAUGGAAAUGAGAACAGAGUAAAAUAGUUUUAAUAAAAGAGUUGACAUAUAUAGAGUAACAUUGUGAUGGAAGUAGAGCAUAGUCUCUGUGCCUGUCUUUUUGUGUGCAUUUUGACAAUAACUGUAAACAAAUUAAAGAGAAAUGUUUUGUCUCAA